AUGCUUUCCAGCGGCCUAGGGAACACCUUAUCGAGGUGUCGCGUGCCCUUUGGAAGGGUCAGUCGCAGCACCCCGAUACGUCACUACCGGAGCGGCGGGCCUUUCCAACCUCUGCGACCGCCCUCACCGAGCGAGCUCGGCGCACCACAGGCUGCCAAGCAAUACAAGAAGAGCAGAAAAUGGGGGCGACGGCUUCUCAUAGUGUCCAUCGCUGGAGGCGUGGUAUACCUGGCGGACCGGCAAAUCUAUGCAUCAGGUCUCUUGCGCUCCGUCCGAACCUUCUAUACCGGCUUAGUGGUCGCGAUCGAUUACAAGCUCAACUUCCGCGCCGACCCAUGGGUCUCGGGGACCAUCCAAGAUCUACACAACCGAAACGCACAGCGUCUCUUCGACCUGCUGCAGGACAAUGGCGGUCUGUACCUCAAGAUCGGACAGGCGAUUGCGAUGCAAAGCGCCGUGCUGCCGCCCGAGUUCCAAAAGAUGUUUGGGCGCAUGUUCGACGACGCUCCUCAGGACGACUGGAAAGACGUCGAGGCCGUCAUAAAGGAGGAUUUCGGCAAGAGCGUGGAAGAAGUGUUCGGUGUUAGCUUUACGGGCAAGGCGGGCUACGGCCUGAUGGAGCGGAAAGCCCGGGCGAGUGCGAGUGUUGCGCAGGUGCACUGGGCCAGAUUGCCGGACGGGCGAGAGGUCGCGAUCAAGGUGCAGAAGCGAGAAAUCGGAAAGCAAAGGGAUUGGGACCUCUGGUCUUUCAAAACUGUCACUUGGAUCUACUCCAAAUGGUUUGAUCUCCCACUGUACACGAUGAUACCGUUUAUCACUGAGCGCUUGGAGUUGGAAAUGGAUUUUGUCAAUGAGGCGAAAAAUGGUGAAACGAUGAGGGCUCUCGUGAACUCUGAGAAGAGCCUUAGAGGCCGAGUUCACAUCCCUCUAGUCUAUCCUGAACUUACAACUACAAGAGUAUUAACGACCGAGUGGAUUGAAGGCGUGAGACUAUGGGAUAAGAAGGCCCUGACAUCAACUUGGUUCGGUGGCUACGGGAAUGGCUCUCCAGGUGCUAGAGUUCCCCUGCCGCCCUUUGACGUGGACAAAGCUCGGCGUGAGGUCCGAACAGGUGCGCACGUGGAUAAGAUCAAGCCUGAUCGGCAAUACUGGAAGGGACGCCGAGGGAGAGGCGGACUGGGUCUUUCAUCGAAGGAGGUCAUGGGAAUCAUGGUUGAUCUCUUCGCUGCACAGAUCUUCAAAUGGGGUAUAGUGCAUUGUGAUCCUCAUCCUGGAAAUAUCUUCAUCCGCCGGCUGCCAAAUGGUAGAGCGGAACUUGUCCUCAUUGAUCAUGGGCUCUACGUUGAAAUGUCAGACGAGUUCCGACACCAAUACGGUCUUCUCUGGAAGGCUCUCCUGACAUUUGACAACAAAACAAUCGUCGAUGUCACCUCUCGCUGGGGAAUUAGAUCUGCAGACAUGUUUGCCUCCGCAACUCUGUUACGACCAUAUGAAGGCGGAGAGAAAUUCGAUGCCGGGAUGGAGAACAUGACACCUGCCGAAAGGAACUAUGCGAUGCAGCGCAAGAUGAAGGAUGGCAUCAGGGACAUUCUGGCAGACGAGGACAAGUGGCCAAAGGAGCUUAUCUUUUUAGGCCGUAACAUGAGAAUCGUUCAAGGGAACAACCAGUACCUGGGCUCGCCGGUAAACCGCGUCAAGAUCAUGGGCGAAUGGGCGAGUCGUAGUCUCUACGAGGACCCCAAUCAACCAUGGCGGCAGCGAUUCUCGCAUGCCUUCCGGCAUAUCAUAUUCAAGACCGUGAUGACUUUUACGGAUGUUGCUUUUUACUUUUUCAAAAUGCGGCAAUGGCUGGGACUUGGGGGUGGGAUGGAAGACGAGAUGGAAAAACGCAUGAAGGAGAUGGCGUCCGAGUACGGCAUUGAGCUGCAGGAAGCGGUGUUUGAAGGUUAG